UAAACAUUUUCCAUCACCAGUCACCACAAGUAGAGUACAGGAUCUGCUGAAAAAUGAAAACAUAAACACACAACUCCCAGGUAUCUUCACUGUUUAUAACGCCAACUACAACUUCCAGCAGCAAACUUUAGUCCAGUAAUUAGAAAACAGAAAUCGCGUAUAUAAACAAGGGCUUGUCGUAAUAUCUUGUCAAGGAUUUAAAACCCUCGCCAUGCCUGUAAAAUUUUCAAAAUGUAUUCAGGAUUAGGGUUUAUCCUGAGACUCAGGAACUCAGUUUCCAUCAUAUCAAGUAAUAGUAGUAGACUAUCAAGUAGGAAAAAUGUUUUAAUUUACUUACCUAGAUUACCAUCAUCAAUUGUUAGAGAUGUCAGAAUCGAGAAUAGCAUUUCGUUUAUAAACUCCGUUCGGAGUUUUUGUGGAUAUGCAGUUGAACAGUUCUCAGAUGAUGAGUAUGAAUGUGAUUUUGAAAAUCAUAAGGCGUCAUCCACAAUAGCAAACAUAGAUGAUUGGAAAUGGAAACUUAGCAUGCUUCUACGCAGUGAAGAAGACAAAGAAAUAAUUUCUAGAGAUAAACGAGAUAGACGUGAUUAUGAGCAGAUUUCUAACCUUGCCAAAAGGAUGGGACUUUACUGUGAACUUUAUGAAAAAGUGGUGGUUGCAAGUAAGGUCCCUUUGCCCAACUACAGGCCGGACCUUGAUGAAAGGAGACCCCAAAGAGAGGUGGUUAUCCCACUGAGUUUACAAAGGAGGGUUGAAGGAUUACUUCAGGAACACCUUGACAGAGUGCAAUUAAAUUUUGGAAAGAUUGGGGAUAAUUCAAUUGAUUCUGUGGUUAGUCCAACUGAAAAUGUGAACCCAGAUGAUCCAGACUCAUUUCUUGAUGGGUCCGUAAUGGAAAAGGUUCUUCAAAGGAGGAGUUCAAAAAUGCGUGAUUUUCAGAGAGGUUGGCAGGAGUCGCCUGAGGGUAAGCAGAUGUUGGAGUUUAGAAAAUCUCUUCCUGCACAUAAGGAAAAGAACAGACUGCUCACAGCAAUUGCGCGGAAUCAGGUAAUAGUGAUUUCUGGAGAGACUGGAUGUGGCAAAACCACUCAACUUCCUCAAUACAUAUUAGAGUCCGAGAUUGAAUCUGGUCGAGGAGCAUUCUGUAGCGUCGUAUGCACUCAACCUCGAAGAAUAUCUGCUAUGUCUGUUGCAGAAAGAGUUUCUACAGAAAGAGGCGAACCUCUUGGUGAAUCAGUUGGUUACAAAGUUCGGUUAGAGGGAGUGAAAGGAAAAAAUACCCAUCUACUUUUUUGUACCAGCGGUAUUCUGCUCAGAAGGUUACUGUCUGAUCGCAAUCUCGAUGGUAUAACACAUGUUUUCGUUGAUGAGAUUCAUGAGCGUGGCAUGAAUGAAGAUUUCCUCUUAAUUGUGUUGAAAGACCUUCUUCCACGUCGUCCGGACUUGAGAUUGAUUUUAAUGAGUGCCACCCUCAAUGCGGAGUUGUUUUCCAAUUAUUUUGGAGGUGCGCCAACUAUUCACAUUCCAGGAUUUACGCAUCCUGUAAGAGCGCAUUUUCUGGAAGAUGUCUUGGAACUUACUGGGUAUAAAUUAACUUCAUUCAACCAAAUUGAUGAUUAUGGCCAAGAUAAGUUGUGGAAGACUCAAAAGCAACUAUUGCCAAGGAAAAGAAAGAACCAGAUUACUACUUUGGUUGAGGAAGCUCUUAGUAGGUCGAGCUUUGAGAGCUACAGUUCAAGGGCCCGAGAUUCUCUGUCAUGUUGGACACCUGAUUGUAUAGGCUUUAACCUUAUUGAGGCGGUAUUAUGUCACAUUUGCCGGAAAGAACGUCCAGGAGCGGUAUUAGUGUUCAUGACUGGCUGGGAGGACAUUAGUUGCUUGCGGGAUCAAAUUAAGGCACAUCCCUUGUUAGGAGAUCCCAACAGGGUUUUGCUGCUUACAUGCCAUGGUUCGAUGGCCACAUCGGAACAGAAACUUAUAUUUGAGAAAGCACCUCCAAAUGUCCGCAAAAUAGUUCUUGCUACAAACAUGGCAGAGGCCAGCAUUACCAUCAAUGACAUAGUUUUCGUUGUUGAUUGUGGAAAAGCUAAGGAGACAACAUAUGAUGCUUUGAACAACACACCUUGUUUGUUACCAUCAUGGAUAUCACAAGCUUCUGCUCGUCAAAGAAGAGGUAGAGCUGGGCGUGUGCAGUCAGGAGAGUGCUAUCACCUGUAUCCGAGAUGCGUAUAUGAGGCCUUCGCUGAAUACCAGCUUCCUGAACUUUUAAGAACUCCAUUGAACUCUUUAUGCUUGCAAAUAAAAAGUUUGCAGCUUGGAACUAUUGGAGAGUUUUUGUCAGCCGCUUUACAACCACCAGCACCACUGGCUGUUCAAAAUGCAGUUGAUUUCCUGAAGAUGAUUGGAGCCUUAGAUGAGAAAGAGAACUUGUCAAAUCUUGGACAGUUUCUUUCAAUGCUUCCAGUUGAUCCCAAGCUUGGCAAAAUGCUUGUUAUGGGUGCUAUCUUUUGUUGUUUCGAUCCCGUUCUCACCGUAGUGGCGGGGUUAAGUGUUAGGGACCCUUUUUUGCUCCCACAAGACAAAAAGGAUCUAGCAGGGACCGCAAAGUCAAGGUUCUCUGCGAAGGACUAUAGUGAUCAUAUGGCUCUUGUCCGUGCUUAUGAAGGAUGGAAAGAUGCAGAAAGAGAAGGAUCAGCUUAUGAGUAUUGCUGGAGGAAUUUUCUCUCUGCCCAGACUCUUCAGGCUAUCCAUUCCCUACGGAAACAGUUUAACUUUAUCUUAAAAGAUGCUGGUUUAUUAGAGACAGAAUCCAGCAAGAAUAAUAGUUUAAGCCAUAACCAAUCUCUUGUCCGCGCUGUCAUCUGUUCUGGCCUCUUUCCUGGUAUAGCAUCUGUUGUGCAUAGAGAGAGCUCCAUGUCUUUUAAGACAAUGGAGGAUGGUCAGGUUCUAUUAUAUGCUAAUUCUGUGAACGCACGCUAUCAGACAAUCCCUUACCCAUGGUUGGUCUUUGGUGAGAAAGUUAAGGUCAACACAGUCUUCAUACGGGAUUCAACUGGUGUAUCUGAUUCAAUACUGAUUCUCUUUGGUGGUUCUCUUACCCAUGGUGUCUCGGCUGGGCACUUGAAAAUGUUAGAAGGCUAUAUUGAUUUCUUUAUGGAUCCUAGUCUGGCAGAAUGCUUCUGGGCCCUAAGGAAAGAACUUGACAAGCUUCUUCAAAGGAAGCUCAAAGAUCCAACUCUAGACAUCCACAAGGAAGGCAAAUAUCUUAUGCUUUCGGUGCAGGAGCUGGUCUCAGCUGAUCAAUGUGAAGGCAGGUUUGUGUUUGGCCGCGAAAGCAAGAAGGUAAGAGAAACUAUUAAUGAGGACAGGAACAAAGUUAGUCCACACAGGAAAGAUGGGCCGAAUCCAAAGAGCUUGCUUCAGACUUUAUUGAUGAGGGCAGGUCAUAGUCCUCCAAAGUACAAGGUAAAGCAUUUAAAGACCAAUGAAUUUAGGGCAUUGGUGGAAUUCAAAGCAAUGCAGUUUGUUGGGAAGCCGAAAAAGAACAAGCAACUUGCAGAGAGAGAUGCUGCUAUAGAGGCAUUGGCUUGGUUAACACACACUUCUGACAAUAACCGAAACGGAGGUGACGAUUCUCCACCUGACAUCACCGAUAACAUGUCGAAACUUCUCGGGAAAUGUAAAAAGUCCAAGAAAAGUUAGGUUUGGCGUUGAUGCAUAUGGGGUUAUUCUCCUGAUGGCACAUCAUGUUGCCAUGUGUGGAACGAACCACCACCUCUAUACGGUCUAAAUUAUUUAGGGACACCCCAGUUUCUUUAUUUUUUGUUUCCAUCUUGUGUUUCCUUGGGUGCACUCAGGCCACAUCCUUAUGUAGGAAGCCUGGCUGCUCUUGUGGAGAGGGUCUAAUGACUUACUUUUUGUAUUAUGCAACUUGUCAAAAGAAGAAAUCCUCCUGAGGAGCAUAAAAAUGUAAUUAUUUGAAACAAUUUUGUAAAUGUGAUGUUAUACUAAUAAGUAUGAAAUGAAAACAAUUUUGCUACA